AUGCGUGUGCUGUCAUGCUUUGCCGACGGCAGCUCCCAGUGGCGAGACUCCCAUGGCCACGUCACCGAGGCGCUGAAGUCUCGCGAGGGCACCGCGGUCGAGCUGCUGGCCUUUGCGCCCGGCGGCGGCUACUACAUCAUGUGGGAGGACGGCGCCUCGAGCUGGCUGGGCCUGCUGCGCGGCCUGGACAACCAGCUGAUCGGGCGCCAGAAGAGCCGCGCACGCGUGGAGUUCCUGGCGGUUGGCCCUGAGGGCGAGUGGUUUGUGCGGUUUCUGGACGGCGGGUGGAAGGCCGGUGGUCUGGCCGAGAGGUGCAGCGAAGUGCUGAACGACCUGCACACAAAGGGAUGGUCAAUACAGAAGGUGCUGAUUGGGCAUGAUGAGAGCUGGGUCAUCGUCUACUCGUAG